ACUGCUUGGUAUAGUGGUGCUUUACACCACUGCAAAUUUCCUCAAAGCAAACUCUUGGUAAAAUCCUCCAAUUUCCCUCUGAUUGCAAACCGGUGUGAAGACUGGAAUGAUUUGCUUGUUGGAAGAAUGUUGACCCUCGAGUGGGAGUCGGAGGGACUACAAACAGUGGGUAUUGUUGUGAUUAUAUUUGCAUCUCUGAAGCUGCUUCAUUUGCUGGGACUGAUUGAUUUUUCAGAAGACACUGUAGAAGAUGAAAUGGAAAUGGCCACAGUACGACAUAGACCUGAAGCUCUUGAACUGCUGGAAGCACAGAGUAAAUUCACAAAGAAGGAACUUCAGAUCUUAUAUAGAGGUUUCAAGAAUGAAUGCCCCAGUGGUGUUGUCAAUGAAGAAACCUUCAAAGAGAUUUACUCUCAGUUCUUUCCACAGGGAGAUUCCACAACAUAUGCACAUUUUCUGUUUAAUGCAUUUGACACUGAUCACAAUGGAUCUGUAAGUUUUGAGGAUUUUGUUAUGGGUCUCUCAAUUUUACUCCGAGGGACAGUACAGGAGAAACUGAACUGGGCUUUCAAUUUGUAUGAUAUAAAUAAGGAUGGAUAUAUAACUAAAGAGGAAAUGCUUGAUAUCAUGAAAGCAAUAUACGAUAUGAUGGGCAAGUGCACCUAUCCUGUUCUCAAAGAAGAUGCACCUAGACAACACGUGGAAACAUUUUUCCAGAAAAUGGACAAGAACAAAGAUGGAGUAGUUACCAUAGAUGAAUUUAUUGAGAGCUGCCAGAAAGAUGAGAAUAUAAUGCGAUCGAUGCAGCUCUUUGAAAAUGUGAUUUAAUGAAGACAUUAGGUCUACAAGUAAUGGACAAAUAUGAGCUAUUCUGCAACAUUAUCUAAAAAAUGGAUUUCCCACUUUAUCAUAAAUAAAGUUACUCAGCUUUACACUGA